GAGCGCCCGUGCAGUGCUCCGUUGCUCCGUUGCUCUGGUCGCUCUUGGCCCAGUACAAUGCGGCACCUGCCUGCGCACUUUGCAUUACAGCCAGGACAACAUGCACAUCUGUCAUGAGAAAGCUCCGCCCUUUGUACUAUGGAACCCCGACACUCAGCUCUGACAGCUAUGUGCCUGCCUGAGCCCGGAGCGACUCUGAGUAGCUCUACACUCAGUCCAUCCCUUUCAUCUUGCCCCGUCCCCUUUGUCUGAACCCGUCUCUUGCAUACGCUCUCAUCUCUUGCAUCACUCCUUCAUACUCCAAUACUUCUUCUUCCAAGUUCUUUGUUCAUCACCUCUCAUUACGCCUCCAAGUUGCCUCUCGCCACCAGUCCUUUGUCCUCCCACUGUCAUGGCUCACACUUAUCUCAGACAGCACACCCAGGUUGGUGUGCGCAUCACCACCAUUGAGGGCCUGGAGUCCUUUGUAGCGUCCGCAAGCCGGAUUGUUUCGAUUGGUCGCGUUGUGGAGGACCUAACGUUGGUUCUGGUUGAUCAAGCCGAGGACGCAUUAGACAUAGUGCGACGGUGUCUCCAACUCACUCCUCAUAUCGAAAGCCUUGUCCUCGACCUUCCGUUCACGCCCCCCGUGGACUUCUUGGAUCCAUUCCUUUUUCCAAAGAUCCAGCUUCUGUCAACAAACAUUCCCCACGACUGUCUGUCCACGUUCUUGUCCAUACAUCCUUCGCUCAGGUCGCUCGUGCUCCGUUACUGCGGGGAUCACUCGAUUUGCCCCCUAAAGGACGUCAGUCUGGCUCAUAUCAUCGAACUCCAGUGUCCAUCCCGUUGCCUCCCUGCUAUUGCCAAUGGUCAGGUGGCCCGCGCAACCGUUAACUUGACGCGGCUGGCCUCCAAUGCGCUGCUCGCAAUAGGUGCCCUGUCCAGUUCUCCUCUUUACUGCCUCUCCAUCGACUUCUUUCCGAAUGACUACGAUCUUCUCAUCCGAGUCGCCGCCGCUGCGCCUACCAUCAGAAAGCUCAAACUUGUCGAGAAGCCUCGUCCUCAGCGGCGGGGAUGUCACAUCCGCCGGCCAUGGAAUGAUCACCGCGCGUGGCACAACAUACUCUUGAAGCUCAGCCACCUGGAGGAGCUUGCGCUGCAUACGCUCACCCGUGUCUCAUCCGCUCGACGUCCGGAAGCGCAGAUCAUCUCGAGCUGGGCCAAUGGCCCUGCGCAUCGUAUGACCACUCAUCCGACUCUCUAUCAUAUUGGAAUCAAGCAGCCAGGGCUGCGUGGUGAUGAUCCUCAGCUCACCGAGUGGUUCAAAGGCAACUCCGGCGGACCCUGGGACUGCGUUGUGAAUGUGACUGGGAAUGAUGUCCAGUUGUAG